CCACUCAUGGAGGGGAAGCAGUAUGAAUUAGCAGCAUCUCUAGCCGAGAAAUAUUGUGACUUUGAAAUCCUGAUUCAACUGUGUGAGUUAUCACACAACACAGAUAGGAUAGAGAAAUAUCUACAUCAGUUCUCUGACAAGGGUUUUGCAAAUUUACUAUACACAUGGUACAUGAAAGAAGGUAAGAGAGGAAAGCUCCUGGCUCUACCAAUCAGUCAACAGAGAGAACUGGGUAGAUUUCUACAAAAGGAGGACAUUAAAUCUCUAAGCUGGCUCCAUAAUAUACAGACCAACAACUUCUCUAAGGCCCACACCACUCUUUUAGAGUUGGGCAAAAUGGAGCAGGGCUCUCUGGCAAAGAAAAAGGUACUGUAACAAUUAAAUGUGAAUGUAUUGUUUAGAAGAUUGCUGAAGACAAAUGUUGU